GAACCAGGAGCAACAGACGGGGAUUUGCAGUCGGGACUCAUUCGAUUUGGAUCGAUAAAUGGGCGCCGAGCACUCGCAGCAGCGGGCGGAGGCCGAUGGCCACGAGAUCUUCGAUGGCCGCCAGGCGCAGGGACUCGGGAUUAACCCGAGCAGAUCGGUGGCCCUGGGCGACAAUGGCUCCAUGAUGCUGGCGGCCACGGCGGCGGCGAAUAAGCGACGUGGAAUUGGUAACCAUCGCCAGCAAACAGGAGGAGGAUUAACUGGAGGUGGAUCACCCGUGGCCAGCAGCAUUGUGAUAGCCAGCAAGCAGAUCAUCUCGGCGGAGGCUGCCUCGCCCGGCUGCUCCACCUCCGAGCUGAGCCGCCCGCCCUCGCCGCCGCUGAGCGUCUGCUCCGAUUUGCCCUACGUUUCCUACACGGAUCGUCCCAUCGGCGAUUCACCCAAGAUACGCAGCAAGCCGGCAUCGCACAUGCUGCACCAGCAGCAGCAGCAGAGCAGCGCUAGCAGGGCAGCGGCCAGGAAAUCACAUCCCGGUGGGAUCAGCAAGCCAAAGCGACCGCAGUCCACAUCCUCCAGCCACAAUAUCGUCAUCGUGCGACCCGGUGCCAGCGAUGCUGGCGAGGAUUUGGAUCUGGACUUGGCCCGACUGCGGAAUAUACCCCAGUUUCUGCCCGUCCUCCGGGAGUCCAUCACAUCGGCCACUUAUACAAGGGAUGCGGAGAUCCUGGAGCGUCUGCAUUCGCAGCAUUUGGUCAACAUUUGCUCGCGCAUGCAGACGCAUUUGAAUCUGUGCGCCAGCUAUGUGGCCAGCGAACAGAAUCAUCUGGUGGAACGCACCAAGGUGGUGAGCAAUUCAAUCACUACUUUGUUUGCUGGUUUCGUGGACAUGCAAAAGACAUAUGCCUCGUAUGCCGAGCAAUUUGCCAAGAUCAGGAGCGUUUCGCAUCAGUUGAGCAGGUGCAAUUCGCUGCUGCACGAGAAUAUCGCCAGCUUGGAGGCGAUCAACAACUUUCUGGACGACGAGGACCGGCUGGAGCCCUUUGUGUGGCGCACCGACGACAACAAGCUGCGCGGCGAGGCCGAGGGCGCCACCGGGGGCAACAGCAGUCGGCUGUGGCGGCUGUAGGAU